AAGCUCCACCGGUCAUUGCGGACGAUCUUAGCCGUCCACUCAAAGACGUCGCCGGGCCACCGUGCUGCGCUCCAGUCCCCGCCCCUGCUGCCCGGCUACUUAAAGCGGGGACGGGGUUCGCGGGAGGAGACGGCGACGACCCAAGACGGGCUGGGGAAAGCAGGGCAGGAAGGCGCCCCCCGGUGGCAAGACGAAACCCAGCAGGCCGUCCCUCCGUCGAGUCGCGAUGGCCAGAGGCAGACCGGCCAAAGGCCGGCGCCUGCGGGUGGGCGGCGUGGCUCUCCUCAUCCUCUUCUCCGCCCUCUCCGUCUCGCCUUCGCCCGUCGAGAGGAGGAACGGGCCCGUCCGGCUCAGGGAGAACCUGUGGGCCACAGGGCAUUUUAUGGGGAAGAAGAGUCCCCUGAGUCCCAUCCCUCUCCAUUCAUCAUCCUUGGAAAGAGCAGAGCUCAACCAUACCCCCGGAGCCUUCAGUCCAUCGGUCACGAGCAUCAUAGACAGCAUGAAGGACCUACUGAUCAGAGAACUUCUCGAAAUCCUUUUGCAACAGAAGCUUCUGGAGGAAAACCAAGGCAAACAGGAUCCCGAAGAACCAGUAAGAUUCUUCCAGUUUCCUCUUGGAAGGGAUGUGCAAUUGCCAGGCUUCCACAGAGCUUGUCACGAUGCCCACCCUUACUUUCUCUGCCUCCAUGCCUCUUUCUUCGAUGCGUGUUUCUCUUAGAACCCCACCCGGGUCCUUUCUCAGGGAGCUGAUUGAUUGACAUGCAAAAUGCUGGAGGGCUGGUACUUGAUCGGCUACCUCCAGUUGGGUCCUUAUUGCUGCAACAUCUAGACUAGUUUUUGCAUUUUUUCUUUCUUUCUUUCUUCUUUCUUUCUUUCUUUCUUUCUUUCUUUCUUUCUUUCUUUUCUUUCUCCUCCUUCUCCUCCUCCUCCUCCCCUGCCUUCUUCCCCUCCCCCAACUGUUCAUAAGCAAAGAAUUGCCCAACUAUGAUUUUCUGCAAACCACACAGAUGCACUGGCCCAUCCCUAAAAAUAAAGUGGAGUUUCUAGUCCCCAUGAUCCUGAAUGAAAUACUGAAUGAAAUAUCGGUUCUUUAGAUAAGAACCAUCCCUCCCAUUUUUUUUUUCAGGCAACAAUUUUACUCCUCCUUUCUAGAGAUGGGAAUUGAACCGGGGAGCUUUCUGCAAAGCAAAACAUAAGCCAUGUUUUUCUUUUCUGUUUUAGUCCUAGGUGACAUCUCUUCAUGCUCUUAAAAUGGUAGCUCACCGACUGCUUUAUCUCACAUUGAUCCACUGCCAUAGAUUUCUUUCUUGGUUUGCUGCUAUCGUCCUGCAGGAUCAACCACGGAGGCUGGAUCUGCGUGUUGUACAAAACCCUCCUGGGAUUUCUUUGACCUGAAGGGAUCCUAGUUUGGAGGAAGCCAGAAACAGCCAAGUGGGAAAGUCCACUUCGGUUUCCUCCAACUGGAUGCCUCUUUAGGUCCACCAGAGGCGAUUGAUA